AUUUGAGUUGGCCACGCGGCUCAAAUCAAAUGUUGCCUCAGUUUCAUUUUUGGUUUGAGCUUGCACUGGUUUGCUAACCCUUGCGUCAUCUUACUUGAGAUUGUAGUGCUCAAGGAAUAUGCGUGACUGCCGUGCUGUGCAGCUGCUGAGAAAAUUCUUCUGACAUGUGUGAUUGGCUGUCUCUUCCGAGCAGCAGCGCCUUCAGCAGCGGGGAAAUGCAGCCCCAAAAACACAGCUCCGUGAGGGUGGACCACCACCGGGCCGUGUCGGCCGACAGCCUGUUCAGACAGAUAUACGAUGACUCUGAAGAUGAGGACGAUGAGGAGGGCUACGCCGACCCGGUCCAAGACGAUCUGUACGCACGCAAGAUGGGCCUCAAACCCCAGCCUGCCGCCACUGCGUCCCAUGACAAGUUCUUGCCCAAGUUCUGGACUCCUGAAGAAGACGUUCACAUACAGAAAAUCAAACUGGGCUCUCAGAGGAGACCCUGGUACAAGAAGAUGCAAGGCUUCAGCUAUAAGAAGUCGGGCUCUUCGUCAGACGAAUCGGACUGCGACAUCAGUCCCUGGCUCUCCUCUGCCCCCUCUCCCUCUCACACCCACACACACGAGGCCUCGGCUCACACCACCACCCUCGUUGUGGGGAAAAGUCCUCACACCCAAGCACACUCUCCCCCACAGCUCCCCAAGAUACAGCCCCCUCUGUUACUGACCCCGCCCCUGGUAUUCCCUCCAGUGGACCCCGCCUCGGGUCCCAGACUGGUCAAAUGUGAGAGGUGGCCCCUGCUCGGGCGGCAAGACCCCCGCGAGCCCCUAGAUCCCUUCGAUUAUGAAAGCAUCAUCCCCGACUUGGAGAACGAUGACAUGUUUGCCAGGCGGACUCUGGCCUUCCAGUCCAACACGGACUUGGCGAUGAUGAAGACCAAGCUGACGGCCCGUCGUCCGCUCUACACGUCUGAGCCGCAGCUCAACAUCGUCACGCAACGCCACGCCGACGCCAGCACCGAGGAGAGCGAAUUCCCCGACAUCGAGCAGGACGAUGUGGUUUAUCGAAAGGAGAAAACGCAGCAGGAGCAGCGGCCGCUCUCCGGAGCCCCCGACAACUACGCCCCUAUGCCCGUCCCAGAACCAUGGGCACUGCCUCCGGAUCUCAAAGCCCGCCUCCUGUGCCCGCCGUGCCCUCUGACCAAAGAGGCAGGAGGAAGUAAACAGGUUGAGAACGAAACGCGUCCGAAAACAGAUGACAUGCUCGUCCGGAAAUUUGGGGUUGGUUCUGAUAAGAACUCACUCAGAGGCUCGUCAGCCAAUCAGAUGACGCCCUCAGUGCCUUCCUCCCGUAGCGAGGGCGACCUGCAAAAAUGGCAGGCGAUCAGGGAAGCCAGUCAGCUGAGAUACAAGAAGAAGCUUUUGGUGGAGAGACUGGCUGCUCUGAAGUCAUAAAAAAGUCAUUUCUGUAACUGUUCUCCUCCCGUCGUAGCUUUUUCUUCCGUUUAAUUUUCAGUUUUUAAUCGUUUUCGGUUUGUUUCAGUCUCAAACUAUAUUUCCUGUCUGAUGGUGAAGUGGUCUAAACGCAUGUCGAUCUAACUUGUAUAUGACUGAUAUGAAGGCUUUCACAGUGACAAAAAGGGAGUUUUAUAAUAUUUGGUCUUCUUUGUGAAGACUUAAAAUGUUCCUUCAGCGUUCACUGGAACUGUAAUUUCAGCAAAAACUGCGACUAAAGGAGCAAAACUUCUUUUUUUAAAAAAAAUCUUUUUUCCCUGUCAGAGAAAAAACAAAACAAGGAAUUGUGUGCAAAUGAAAGAAAAAGGUUUAUUAGGGUUUUCUGCAUGAUUGGAAUGUUGUUGGUUUUACUUUAGCGACACAUGGUAUGGUUAUGCUAAGAGGAUGGAUAGACAACGUGAUUUUGUUCAUCCUGAGCAUUUUAGAAACAAACCCACUCUCUGCAUUUUAUCUUUUGGUUUCAUUUCUCUUAUCGGAGCGAGUUUGUCUGUGAAUGAACAAAAUAUUCAAGCUUAAUAAAGGAAAAUCCGAGACUUAA